AUGGAUCUAGGAGAGUAUUUGCUUCGAAGGCUUGCCCAACUGGGCGUUGGCUCUAUUCAUGGUGUUCCUGGCGAUUACAACCUUACUGUCUUGGAUUACCUUGAGCCGGCAGGUCUUCAUUGGGUUGGUAAUGCCAAUGAGUUGUGCGCUGGAUACGCUGCGGAUGGGUACGCCCGAAUCAAAGGCAUUGGCGCCCUGAUCACCUCCUUUGGGGUUGGAGAGCUGUCGGCCAUCAACGCUAUUGGCGCAGCCUAUUCCGAAAAGGCCCCCGUGGUGCAUAUCGUUGGUACGCCGCCGCGAGCUGCCCAAGAAUCAGGUGCCUGUUUGCACCAUAGCCUGGGUGAUGGCAACUUCAGAGUCUUUGCGGAUAUAUAUAAAAGUGUCACAUGUGCGCAAGCCAAUCUUGUGGAUGCCGUGACCGCUCCUCACUUGAUCGAUACCACGCUGAAAGAAUGUCUCCGACAAAGUCGCCCGGUAUACAUCGAAAUACCUACCGACAUGGUCCGGGCUAAGGUGCCAGUGCCACAGUUUCCAAUUGAUCUUUCGAUACCUGCUUAUGACGAAGCUUUCGAAGACAAAAUUGUCGACUCUCUUGUUGCUCGCAUCCAAAGCUGCAAGCGGCCUUUAAUCCUGGUCGACGGAUUUACCGCUAGAUUUGGUGUCGGAGAUGAUAUCAACGCAUUGGUCAAGCUUACGGGCUUCCCAACUCUCACGACGCCGUUUGGCAAGAGCAUCAUUGACGAAAACAUACCCAACUUCCACGGAGUCUAUCUUGGGUCGGCGGGCGGGGCGGUCUAUCAGUCAUGGGUUCAAGGGUGCGAUCUGGUUCUCCGCUUCGGGGUACUUGGAUCUGAAAUCAACACAUUCGGCUUCACUGCUCAGCCACAACCUGGAGCGACAGUGGCAUUCGACAAAUACUCAGUGUCCUUAGACACCACAGGCUCGAUACCUGUCAAGGCCCGCCUUGUCUCCAUCAAUACUGUACUCUCGAAAUUAUUACGUCGCCUGAAUGGCUUGGACAUCCCUACCCCAGAGCCGUAUCCAGAAGACCCCUUUCUCCCGCGUGAGAUUCUGAAGAGCUUUCCCAAGGCUCUUGAUACUGCAUCGAUAGACCAGUAUUCCCUUUGGCUUCGUAUGUCUCGGUUCCUCCAACCAGGAGACAUUGUCAUGACAGAGACUGGUACUGCAUCCUAUGGCGGUCAGAGCUUCGAUCUUCCGGAGGGAACGACAUUGAUCAAUUCUUCAAUUUGGUUAUCUAUCGGAUACAUGCUUGGUGCUUGCCAAGGAGCUUCUCUCGCACAGAGAGAAAUGAUUAAGGAUGGCACACGGCCCCCAGGCCGAACCAUCCUAUUUGAAGGCGAUGGGAGCCUUCAGAUGACCGCCCAGGCAAUCAGCGACAUUAUCAGGAACAAGCUUGAUGUGAUAAUCUUUGUGUUAAACAACAACGGGUAUACAGUCGAAAGAAUUAUCCACGGCUUCUCAGAAAGCUACAACGAUAUUCAACCGUGGAGGAAUCUCCAAGCACCAAGCUAUUUUGGGGCUCUCAACUGUGAUGCCUCAUACCCCGUGCAAACCGAAUCUGCUCAGAACUGGGGCGAACUGCAAACUAUCCUCCAGCGACCUGAUAUCAAGGAGGGUAAGGGGCUAAACAUUGUGGAGAUAUCGUUGAGCAUGGAUGAUGCACCAGAAUCCCUGAGCAAAUUUGUUGAGUACCUGAAGAAAAGAAAUAGUGGACAGCUAUAG